AUGAAGAUAGGUGACCCAACCUAUCGAGGCGCUCAAGUCCACCUUCCUCUUGAGAUCGUCCGCCUUAUAACAGACCAUGUCGCUUCUGGUCACGGUGAUGCCGCUCAGACAUCACUGUGGGCUUGCUGUUUGGUGUCUAAGACAUGGUAUGCCGCUUCUGUGGCCCAGCUCUACAAUUAUCCACUGCUUUCUAGCCGCAACUUCGACCUCUUUGUUCGAACAAUAUGUCCCACACAACGGUCUCGAAGAUCGCGCGUUGGUCUCGAAAAUAUGAUCAAGAACCUUGAUAUGAGUCGACUCGCAUACGACAGUUCCAAUAGCCUUACCGCCCGCCUAAUCUUUCGAACCAAAUUGUCGCUGGAGAGGUUUACUUCCCCGGCAGUCACGUUCUCGAUCGCCUCGUUGGCUCCGUUGUCUAAAUGUGUGAACUUGCGUCAACUAGAUUUGUCAACAGACUAUUACUCAAUAUCGGUGAUUGACCUUCUCAGUGCCAUUGCUGAACUUAAACACUUGACGUCCCUGAGCCUGCCAAAAGGAUUCCAUAUUCUCCAGGAUAUUCAUUCAGUCCAAAACUUGAGAUGGCCAGAGAACUUGGCACGUCUCCGUGCUAGCGACGUGAUGUGUUUUCGUUCGGUGGAGUGGGACUUGCUCAUUGAGAGUUGGCCCCAGACUUUGAAAACAGUGACCUUCCCGGAUUGCCCACACUUCACUGGGGCGGACGUCUUCUUACACUGUGAAAAACAAGCCGAGCAUGUGCAGCGACUCAAGCUGACCGAGUCGAGAGGAUUAGGCGAAGACAGCUAUAACCUGUUCGACAUCCUGCACGUCUUUCCGGCUCUUCAAGAAUUGAUCGUCCCUGCCGAUGUGGCACGGAGGACUCUGAACGAAUCCCCAGUAGAGACGGAAGAACCGGCCACCAGGGACUCCCCCCUGGAGAUACUGAGAAUCACGCCGACAUGCCAUCCGAAAUGGUACCUCGACAGCCAAGGGCGCGUAAAUGCAAGGACGGAUUUCCAAUCCUUCAGCCGGCUGGCCGUGCUGCCUCGUCUCCGAAGGCUGGAGAUGCCCGACUCCCUCACCACUUACGACGGCGAAGGAGACCAACAAACGUUAUUUGAGGAGCUCUCUCGCCGGAUCGAGGACCGCGCCGACCGAGACCAGCGGGCCUCUGCGGGGAUUUUCCUUGUGGACGAUUCAGAGGUCGCAGAACUAUGA